GUGAGAGAGAGGGAGAGAGAGAGUGGGGGUGAGGAGGAGUGAAGCCCUUUGUCCCUCUCGAUGGCCGCAGUGAGAUGGGUUGGAGCGCAGCGCUGAGGCGCGGAGUGAGGAUGGAGCUGAGACCUGAGCCCCGGGAGAAGAGUUCAGUCUUUGAGGAGAGUCUGAUGCGCAGGAUCUCUGGCAGCAGCGGGGCCCACACGCUCAGCAAAGCGGCGUUCAUCGAGAAGGUGCGCGAGAGCAAUGCGGCCUGCCAGCGCGGAGACUUCGCCGCCGGCGUCCAGCUCUACACCGAAGCCAUCACAGCCGACCCUCAGAACUGCAUCCUGUACAGCAACAGGUCCGCUGUGCUGGUCAGGCUGCAGGACUAUCAAGCAGCCCUGGAGGACGCUCUGACAGCGUGUCACUUGAACCCCAAGUGGGCCAAGCACGGCAUUUUUGACAACGCAACACACACCCCAGUGCUGUAUUGGAAUGUCAGCUUAGACCGGGGACAGCCAAACUACGGCCACACGAGUCUAGCUGAGGUUCAGACGGGAGACUUCCUGAUGGAAGAAUACAGAAUGGAAGGAGCUCUCUGCCCCCGGGAACCUGCUUCCUGUUGA